UUGCGGCCAAUGAGAGGGUGGCUUCUACAGCUUCUGACGUGCGCGAAUGAAUAUAAAGGCGACAAGAUCCCACAAUCCAAUCUUCUGGGUAUCAUUUUUCCUCAAAGCGAGCCUCAAGAUGCAAAACAUCCAGCAGCUGCUUCUUUUCCUGUUGAUCUUCCCUCUGGCCCAUCCAGGUCCGCUGAAGAGUGGGAUUAUUGGGGGUCAUGAAGCUGUACCCCAUUCCAGACCAUAUAUGGCGGCCUUGAAGGCCGAAGAUGACUUCGUCUGCGGAGGAUUUCUGGUGGCUCCGCAGUGGGUGAUGACGGCAGCUCACUGCAUGGACCAUUUUACGGUGGUGUUGGGAGCACAUGACCUUCAUGCUGUCGAAGAAACCCAGCAAAUCUUUGGCGUGGAAUCCUACCACAUGCAUCCUAACUACAAUGAGUUUAUAAUUUCCCAUGAUAUCCUUUUGCUGAAGCUGUCUCACCCCGCCAUCAUCAACAGAUACGUCCAGGUCAUACCAUUACCUCGGUCAGAUAAGGAAGUCCCGGAUGGGACCCUGUGCACGACUUCGGGAUGGGGCAAGAUUGACCAAUUGGUCAGGUCCUAUAAACUCUACGAAACCAACAUCACCAUCUACAAUCGCCGCAAAUGCAUGAAAUUCUAUCCAGAACUUGACGAAGCCAUGAUCUGUGCUGGAAGCUUCCAUGAACUUCGGGAUACAAGCCAGGGAGAUUCCGGAGGCCCGAUGGUGUGCAGAGGAGUUGUGGAAGGCAUCGUUUCCUAUGGCCAUAGCGUCCCUCCCGGCGUUUAUUCCCGCAUAGCCGACUUUCUUCCUUGGAUCAAGCACAUCAUGAAAUCGAAUGCGUGAGGCCAAGAAACUGGAGCAAUUCCCCAUAUAUAUUUUUUUUUAAAAAGAAAAGCUUUAACUGCUGCCUGAGGAGCAGGCCUCACAAUUUCUCCUUUCCUUUUCAAUUUGUGCAAAUAAAUAAAUAAAUAAAUAAAUAAAUAUAUGCAGGAACAGAUUGUUGGAGGCCAUAGGCUGAGUCUGUAAACUGCUUAGGGCUGUAAAAUAGUAUACAACUCAGUGGUGGGU